AUGACUGCCUCGACGAGCCCGCGAAGCUCUACCGAAGCAUUGGUCGGGUUUACACCGCAUCAUGAUACAGACCCAAAACUGGUCAUCGUUAUGGUAGGCCUUCCUGCAACCGGCAAAAGCUACGUCGCCAAGAAGCUGUCAAGAUACCUGAACUGGCUGCAACACAAGACACGCGUAUUCAACGUCGGCGAUCGUCGCAGAGAAGCAGCCAGCAGCAACUCCGAGGUGACCACUAGCUCAUUGUCGACUUCCGCUGCGACAUUCUUCGACCCCACCAGCCCAGAGUGCGUGUCACUGCGAGACCAGCUAGCCAUCAAAACCCUCAAUGAGCUCCUUGAGUGGAUAUUUAAUUCCGGAGGAAACAUAGGGAUUCUCGACGCCACGAACAGCACACUCGCGCGUCGCCAGCUCGUGCUGAGCCACAUCCGACGGCAAUGCAAGGAGGACCUGAAGAUCCUGUUUCUAGAGAACCGCUGCUCCGAUGGCGCGCUGCGCGAGGCCAAUAUCCGGCUCAAGCUCUCGGGGCCUGAUUACGUCGGCAAAGACCCGGAGACCUCACUUGCUGACUUUAGGCUCCGCGUCGUGCACUAUGAGAACGCGUACGAGCCGCUGGGGGUGGUCGAGGAGAAGCAGGGGCUCUCGUUCGUGCAGAUGACGGAUGCGGGGCGCAAGAUGAACACGCAUCUCAUUCGGGGUUAUAUCAUGUCUCAGAUCGUCGAGUAUCUCCUCAAUUUCAAUCUAGCCAGACGUCAGAUCUGGCUCUCGUGUAAUGGUGAGAGCCUCGAUGACCGAGAGGGGCGGAUCGGCCGUCACUCGGAUUUGAGCGACCGGGGACAUUUGUACGCGGCAGCUCUAGCGUCUUUCAUCGAGGACCAGCGACAGAGCUGGCACGCGGAACCACUUUCUGGUCAUAAUCCGGACCCAUCUCAAUUCUCCGUUUGGACGUCUACAUGGCCACAAGCUGUCCAAACAGGACGUCUCUUCUCAACCGAGGCAUACGGCCAAACACAUACCAAAAUGCUUGAUGAUAUGAAUGCCGGCGCAAUGGCAGGUUUGACCUUCGAUGAAAUCUCCAAACUGUAUCCGGACGAGUACGCUGCGCGAAGGCGCGAUAAGCUCAAUUAUCGGUGGCCGGGAUUAGGCGGCGAGGGGUACGUCGACUUGAUCGUCAGGUUGCGACCCCUCAUCGUCGAGCUCGAGAGGACAACUGACAACCUGAUAUUAAUUACGCACCGCGCUGUCCUUCGAAUUCUGAUAACUUAUUUUCUCGGCAUCCAGAGAGAGAACAUUGGUGAGGUUCAGAUGCCUCGUGACACCAUAUUCUGCUUCGAUAUAGAACCGUAUGGGAUUUCGCUCCGGCCAUUCAAAUAUAACUCGGAGGAGGGAACUUUCACUCAAAUGCCAACUAGCGAGAUACCUUUUAUGUCGAAUCGCUAG